UUUGCGUAAAAAGAAAAAAAAAAACCAGCGCCAUUUUCAAAUGUUUGAUCGAUUUUUUCUGUUAGAUUUACUUAUUUAAUAAUUUCAUUUACAAUGGACAAGGAGGAUAAAGAUAAACUAAUGGAAAGUGCGCUUAAACUAAUUAAUAUGAAGCAUAACGAAGAUAAUUUGAGAAAGGAAGCUAAAAAGAUAAUCAGACAAAGAACUCCAGGGAACAAGAGGACAACUCAUUUGUUUAUGCACGAAAAAUGCCUUACUGAAAUUCCAAAACAGAAAAAUGGCACACACAUUAUCUUCGCAUACUACCACAGCAAUCAUAUAACCAAAAUAGAAAACCUUGAUCUCUUGUACAAUUUGACCCAUUUGCAUCUUCAAUGGAACAAGAUAUCGAAACUCGAAGGACUCGAUAAGUUGUAUAAUUUGAAGAAAUUAUAUAUUGGUAAUAACAAUGUUAGUGUUGUGGAGAAUUUGGAGAACCUGAAAUAUUUGGAAGAGUUGCAUAUUGAAAAGCAGAAUGUUGAUUCUCCUGAUGGAUUAGCCUUUGAACCUAAGACUAUGAUGGCUUUGGGGUGCUCGUUAAGGGUAUUAAACGUAUCGGAGAACAAAAUCGCGGACAUGUCAUGGGCAAGACCAUUGCGACGACUCGAAGUCUUGAUUGCGAGGAAGAAUAAUUUGGAAGACUACGAGAGUGUAGCAGAUAGCCUGUGCACUCUGGUUAGUUUGGUAGAUGUCAAUUUCAUCGGAAAUCCUAUGACCAAGAAGCAUCGUUAUAAGGAGACUAUCAUCCCCCGAUGCGCGCAACUUCGUAUCCUGGAUACAGUAUCGAUCCAUACAGCAUCCAAAACGUUUCUACAAGGGUUCGAUAAAGCGGUGCGUUUAAGACAAAUGCACGAGAAGAACAAGCUUGAACUGAACAGACAUGGCGUUGAAGAGUUUUUUGACAUUAACAUGAUGUCCGGAACCAGGAUCCGUAAUGCCAUAUCCCUACCUGAAACUUCGCCGCAGAUAAACAAGAAUAAAAUUAUGGCUGUGGAUUCAACAUACUCUUUCAAUCCUCGUACAAUCCGUCGUACUCUCACCCCUCGAGAUAAUAUGGCACCCCCCAUGGAACCACCACCACCACCCAAGCAGCCAAUCACUAAUACAGACGGGAUCCCGAUCAAAGGAAUACUAAAAAAGCCGAUUUUUCACAAGUAUUUUCGUAUUUUAGAUUUGUGUUUACCAGGUGAGGUAGCUGAAACAGAUUCUUUGGAGCCUCUGGAGUUCCAUAGAGAGUACGUAGCGAAAAAUAUACCUGUUAUUUUGAGAGGAGGCUGUGCUAAAUGGCUCGCUACUCAAAAAUGGAAUGCCCAGUAUUUCAGAGAACUCAUGCCAAACAAAAAAGUAGAAGUAGCAAUAACACCAAAUGGUCUAGCAGAUGGUAUUGCACAAAACACUGAUGGAACAGAAUAUUUUGUAACACCUUAUAUUGACGACAUGACUAUGGUGAAAUUUCUUAACCAUUUGGAUAAUAAAAGUGAAGGUUUCAUAACUUACAUUCAGCGACAAAACUCAAAUUUGACAGAAGACUUCGGAGAACUCCUCAAUGAUGUGGAAAUGGAUGUGCCUUUUGCCUCUAUAGCGUUCAAUAAAAAACCAGAUGCAGUCAACUUUUGGAUGGGAGAUGAGAGAGCUGUUACUUCAAUGCAUAAGGAUCCUUACGAAAAUAUAUAUUGUGUUAUAGACGGCUACAAGGACUUUAUUCUCAUACCUCCUACGGACCUACCAUUCGUACCUUACAAGAAAUAUCCAAAGGCGGAGUUUCUGCUAAAGGGACCCAGUUGGGAAAUUGUUCGUUUAGAACAAGGGGAUGAAUUCUUGCCCUCUACAUUGCCUUGGAUUAGUGUUGAUCCUGUAAACCCAGACUAUACAAAAUACCCCCAAUUCAAACGCGCGCACAAGUAUCACAUUCGCCUUAAUAAAGGAGAUUGCCUGUAUUUGCCCAGCCUCUGGUUCCACCACGUGCGACAGAGCCACGGUUGCAUAGCUGUCAACUACUGGUACGAUAUGGAGUUUGAUAUAAAAUAUUGUUAUUUCAGGAUGUUGGAGACUUUAACUGCAAUGUAUUGAAAUUAUUUAUUGUUAUUAACCCGAAUUAAAGUUGUUUUUUAUAUAAAGACUUACAUCUUUCUACAU